GCUGCAUGAUUCACCCUCUUCCUGGCCUCUGCUUGUUCCACUGCUACUGCGGGUGCUGGAUUUCUACCACCUGCACCAACCAGUUCCCUUCUUGUUUUACUGUCAGUGAUCUGCUGCCCCAUUAAUUCGUCCCGCAGAGCUCCCGAAAGCCGUCAUCAGAUUGCCGGAAGAAAAGAUCAGCUGCUGUGGUUCUCUCUGCAGACAUCACAGCCUAGAUAUGAGUUCUGGAAGAAAACAGAAGACGUUAUCAGAAAUUCCAACUAAGAUGUCCUUUAUCUUCUCUCGUUUGAAGCUUUUCCGGCAUAUGCGUUCAAUUUUAAUUGAGAUCAGGUACUGACACACGGUUGGAGAAAGCUUAUUUCCCGAGCACCUCUUGAUUACUCACCAAGUAGGCUCCAGAAGAGAUCAAAUAAGGAAUGAACACGACUAAGGUGAAGCGUCGAGUGGGUAAAUAUGAACUCGGACGUACAAUUGGGGAAGGAACAUUUGCAAAAGUUAAAUUUGCGAGGAACGUUGAGACCGGGGAACCGGUUGCUAUCAAGAUCCUUGACAAGGAGAAGGUUCUCAAGCACAAGCUGGUUGAACAGAUUAAGCGUGAAAUUGCCACGAUGAAGUUAAUAAAGCAUCCUAAUGUCGUUCGCAUAUAUGAGGUGAUGGGGAGCAAAACAAAGAUCUUCAUUGUACUUGAAUUUGUUACAGGGGGAGAGCUCUUUGACAAAAUAGCAAACCACGGUCGCAUGAGGGAGGAUGAGGCACGAAGAUAUUUCCAACAACUAAUCAAUGCUGUCGAUUACUGCCACAGCAGGGGAGUCUACCACCGAGAUCUCAAACCAGAAAACUUACUACUUGAUGCUUAUGGUAACCUGAAAGUUUCAGACUUUGGAUUAAGUGCUCUAUCACAGCAAGUCAGGGAUGAUGGCUUGUUUCAUACUACUUGUGGCACUCCAAAUUAUGUUGCUCCAGAGGUUCUCAAUGACAGAGGCUAUGAUGGAGCAACCGCAGAUUUGUGGUCAUGUGGAGUCAUCCUAUUUGUUCUACUAGCAGGGUACUUGCCUUUCGAGGAUUCUAAUCUCAUGAUCUUGUACAAUAAAAUUUCGGCUGCUGACUUUACAUGCCCACCUUGGCUUUCUUUUGGUGCCAUGAGACUGUUGGCAAGAAUCCUGGACCCAAAUCCAAUGACACGUAUAACUAUUCCAGAGAUAUUGGAGGAUGACUGGUUCAAGAAAGGUUACAAGCCUCCAGUAUUCAAGGAGAAGUACGAGACGAGCUUGGAUGAUGUGGAUGCUGUGUUCAAGGAUGCAGAAGAACAUCACGUGACAGAGAAGAAGGAAGAGCAGCCAACAACUAUGAAUGCCUUUGAGCUUAUCUCGAUGUCAAAGGGGCUUGAUCUUGGCAAUUUGUUUGACACACAACAGGAAUUCAAGAGGGAAACAAGAUUCACAUCAACAUGUCCAGCCAAUGAAAUCGUCAGUAAGAUUGAAGAAGCUGCAAAGCCUCUUGGGUUUGAUGUUCAGAAAAAGAACUACAAGAUGAGGCUGGAAAAUGUAAAAGCUGGGAGGAAGGGGAAUCUCAAAGUUGCUACUGAGGUAUUUCAAGUGGCUCCAUCUCUGCACAUGGUUGAGGUAAGAAAAGCUAAAGGAGACACUCUGGAAUUCCAUAAGUUCUAUAAGAAUCUCUCCAACAGCCUCAAGGAUGUUGUUUGGAUACCUGAGGAGGAUGUGAAAGACCAAGCAGCCCAGAGUAAGAACACAUGAGCAUCAUCUCUAUUCUGUCAUGGGCUGUUCUGCUAUGUGACUUCUUCAGUUUUCCUAGUCCUCCUGUGUGAUAAUAGCUGCCAUGUUUCUCUUUGCAAUUCUUUUAUUGCCUUGAGCCAGUAGCCAUUGUAUCAAUAAUGUUGGGAAGGAGCUGCCUCUUUUAAUUUCAUUUGAAAUGGUGCAAGGAAUUUAGUUGCAGAAACAAUAAACUCCUUUCUGCCCCCUCUCAUUUUAUGGAUUCUAAGUCUUAACUUCA